AUGCAUCCCCUCUCCCAUCUCAUCCUCUCCCUCAUCCUCCUCGCAACCUCAACCUCCGCCCUACCAGCAACACCAGCAACACCCACAACCCCACCACCGACAUCAACAUCCUCACCAGACACACAACAACCUCCAAUCCAGCCCUUCCUCCCCACCACCGGCGCGGCCCUCCUCCCAACAGGCAUCCCCGCCUCCCCACGCCCGAACCCGAACCAACCUCAAUCGCAAUCACCAGCACCAUCACCAAUCUACACAACCCUCACCCCCAAAUUCCCACCUUCAAACUCGUCCUCCCCCUUCCCAUCGGGACACCACAACUCCACAUCGCCCUGCGCAUCAGGCCGACCCCUCCGCCUGGGCCCAGCCCGCCUCCACAAGAAACCACACAACCAAACCUCCUCACCGUCGUCCCCUUCGCCGUCAAAAAACACACCCCAAACCACAAUCCCCGCCGAAGCCACCGCAGCCGCAGCCAUCGCCGCCGCAGCAGCAGCAGUAGAAACGCCCACAGACUCCGGCCCCCGAAACUAUGCCUCCCUCAUCCCCCCCGCGCCCGGCGUAACCCCCCGUCCGGAGCCGAACCUCGCCGAGAUGGGAUACUACCAGACGACGUACUACUCCUGCGCGACGCAAGGCACCUCGACUCACUGCGGCUGGCACAGGCCCAUCAUGGUCGCGCCCGCGAACAACGCUGCCGCCGACAUCGCCGUCAUGGACCGCAAAGCCGGCAUCGGUGCGUUGGUCGUCGCCUUCGUUGUCGGUGUCUUCGUGGCUAGAUGAGCCGAUCGAGAAACGGUAGAUGUGGUCCACCCCAAAGGUCGAUCUAUCUCUACCCCGGGAGACAUUCACCUAUACGCUGAAGCCGGCCGGCUAUCGGCAAGGCUCUCGGGGACCGGUAGCGUCCUGUUCCCACCCCCUGAACCUCCUCGGAGAAAAUCCGACUAGCGCGCCUCACGGGGGCUAAGACUUGCACGAUACAAGCGGCAGGAACCGUGGCUGAGGCGCCAGACAGAUGUCGGGCGGAGAUGCCAACGAUGGUAGUAGCC